AUAUCGGGGCGAAAUAUGAAAAGAUGAAAAUCAUAGCGGCGAGCAAUCCCUCCAAGAGCGCUUAGGGCGCCAAAUUUUACUCAUUUACGUAAAGCCCCUUCUGCUCAUAAUUUUCCACCUAUCCUCUCUCUCUCACAACUUCUUCUAUUCUUCCAUUUUUGGGACCAUAAUUUUCGAAAAUUCUGCUAAUACAUAUGUAGAUCAGGUGCAUGCUUGUAUGGCUUUCUACAUGCGAUACUGCCCACAUGUACCGUUUUUAAUGAAAGUGGAUGAUGACGUUGCUGUUCAUCUUGACCGUCUUCUGGAUCUGUGGCAAAUGACCAAAGAGGCAACAAAUAAUCUCUUCUGCUCAAUCCUCAACAACACAGAGCCAGUACGAGAUCCAAGCAGCAAAUGGUAUGCUUCGGAGACUAAAUGGCCUCUGGCGUUCUAUCCUUUGUAUUGCAAUGGGCCUUUCUACAUUAUGGGGAAGGAGGCUGCAAGAAGAAUGUUAUCGCACUCGCUGCGAUUCCCUCUUUUCACCAUGGAAGAUGUUUUCUACACCGGCUUAGUUGCGGGAUCAUUAGGAAUAAAAGUUGUGGAUUGGAGGGACAGGAUUUUGAAUCAUCUUGAGGUAAUAGGUUUUUUCUCCAAUCAAUCAAAAAUGGUGCUAUUACCCCGCUACCACCAACUAAUCGGAUUUUAUUUGCUGCAUAAAGUAGGACAAGUGUAUUGUAAAUACAAGUUAACAUUCAAAUACAAUAAAUUAAAUUUCAACAAUUAA